AUGGAGGACGAACGAGAUACCCCAUCCAUACCAGACACGGCGUCUACCGAGCUCAGACAACUCGAGCGCGCCAAAGAUGCGCUUUUCAGCCUGGCGAAAAGACAACGACUCAACGAAGAUCAGCGCCUCUUUCAGUACGAGAUAGACCUGCUUGAUGAGAGCUAUGAUAUGAUUGCCCGUCACGCAGGGUCCGAACGAUUCUUGUUAACAUGCGUGAGGAAGGCCGUAGAGGCCGAAAGCCACGAUGUUAUUGAGCGGCUGUUUGCGAAAGGCAUCACGACUGAUCUUAUGAAAGACGAAUUCGACAUCUUUCGACUGGUAAUAGCAGGGACGAGAUACUGCCACUCUACCCUGGGCACCGUGGUGGAGCUUCUAAUCGCCCAUGGAGCCGACGUGAAUGCGAGCGACGAGUAUGGCAAUGCGGCCCUGUUCUACGCCUGUGCCUGUGGGUUCUACGAUAUCUUUCGAUCUCUGAUCGAUGCUGGCGCCGAUAUAUUCAUCGUACAAGAUCAACUGGAUCUGAAGCAGAUAAACAAUAUUGGGGAGACAACCAACCGACCCGUCGACGAUCUUGCACACAACGGCGAUCUCGCAGACAAGGAUAACUUCACCGCUGAUGAUAUCAGGGACAACAACAAUGUCACAGGUGAUGACAAUCUGGCAGACGAUGACAAUCUGGCAGUCGAAAUUAAUUUGCUCGAGGUGACCUUGCAAUGUCGCCAUCAGAGUGAGGUGGCAGCAUCUGCCGCUCUACAAGACUUAUGGCCAGUGAUGUUGGAUACGAGGUGGGGGUUAAUUAUAUCAUCCCUUCUCGAUGCUGGCCUACGCUCCGAUCCCGGGAAUCCAUAUCUAGUCAAACUUGUGCAUGUCGCAUGCUUCGAAGGGAAUAUAGAAUGGAUCCAGAAGUUGGUCCAUCUUGGAGUCGAUCUUUAUGCUCGUCCUCCUGCCAGUGGCAAGCAUCCCCAUAGCUUUGGAUCCGCUCUCCAUGCUGCUAUUGGAGGAGGGUACCCGGAUAUUGUCGCAUACUUAAUUGAGCAUGGGGCAGAUGUCCAUACUCCGUGUUUGAAUAGAAUUGACGACACAGAGAUGUACUUAUCUCCUACUGCCCUGGCCUGCCAACAGCCAUCGAACCCACCCGGCGAGACGUCACUUUUCGCCGCUAAAUGGUCAAUGGACCUGCAAAACCACAAGUCGUUUGAAGAGAUAUCCGUAAUUCUUCUUGAUGCUGGACUUGGGCGUGAAGAUCGACAAUUGCUUCUGUACGAAUGUGCGACUCGAGGCCAUCCUGAGUUAGUUAAACGUCUUUUAGAACAGGGCAAUCGAAUGGAAAAUGUUCCGAUUUCUGACAACCUGGGAGUGGUUCAGUUACUUCAUGAUGCCGGGUCUAAGAUAGAUAUGGCUAAAAUGCAGGCGCACGCUGCUCGACAAGGAUGUCUGGAUCUGCUGGAAUAUCUGGUGAUGCGAGGUGGACCUUGCAUUCCCAUCGGAGAAUUUGCAUCUAUAACGGAAGACAUUGUCACUGCAAACCACCUUUCCAUACUGCGAUUCCUUGUCACCGGCUAUGGCUUCAAUGUCAACAAACCGUUCCGCAAGUAUCACGAGCCCCGACGCCUCAUACGUCGCACGAACCUCCUUCAACAAGCUCUAAGGAGGGAAAAUGUUGCCGCUGUUCGGCUUCUGAUAAUGGAAGGGGCUGAUGUGCGAUGCCCAGGGCUGUGGCAUACAGGGCUGGCUUAUUUUCGAAAGCAUGUCAAUGCGCCUGCUGCGCCUUCCAAAUCCCGCUCCUUGGAUCCAGUGGCAAUCAACCAUAGACAAAUAAUCGAAACACUUUUAUCCUACGACAAGAUUUCGUUCAGACCAACAAGGGGUUAUUUACCACGAGGAUCAGACUCCACACCACUACAUGAGUAUGCGCAAAGACUACGCGAGACGUUGGAACUGAAAAGUGUCACCAGCCAAGAUCCACCAACAAUUAACACAGCAAAUGAAUACGCUUACCCUCAACCAUAUGAAGUUCCGUAUACAAGCCAUUUACCUCCCUUUGAAUAUUCUCCGCUCAGUGGGUUCAAUUCCAUCCGAGCCAUCGAGCUUGAGCCUUCCACCGUCAGCGAAAGCCCAAUCCACUGUCGCCUAGUUGAGCUCAACCUUCUGCAGAGACCAUAUUACGAGGCCCUAUCAUACGUCUGGGGUAAUUCACCAAAAAGGGUUUCCAUCCUUGUCAAUGGAUGUCUGUUUUACGUGACGCCAAAUCUAUGGUCCGCUUUAUUCAGGCUUCGUCGAAGGAAAAGGGGUCGGCUGUUAUGGGCAGACGCGAUAUGUAUCAACCAAAAUGAUUGGGAGGAAAGAGGGCAGCAAGUGCGAAUCAUGAGGGACAUUUAUAAAACUGCCUUUAGGGUGGUUGUGUGGCUUGGUGAACAUGCAGAAAACUCGCAAUACAUCGUCAAAAACCGUGAACGGCAUAUAGAGGAAGAUGACUGGAACACGGAAACACCGAACAAUAAUGUUGUACUGAGUUCAAGGGCUCAUUGGGAGGCAUUCCGAAAGCUCACCGAGAGACCAUGGUUCUUCCGCACAUGGAUCAUUCAAGAGGUAUGUCUGGCCAAGGACCGCCUCGUCGUCUGUGGCCCUGACUCGACACGUUUUUGGCAACUCUGGGAUGGCAUCUCACCAGACAGAUUCCACGCUGCGGAUGGUGUUCACGGGCCAUCGCAAUUCAGUAGUCUCAUCAGUUUAACGUCGUUUACGGGAUUGAAAAAGGCCAUCGCCCACAGCCGUAUCUGUCAGGCCACCGAUCCUAAGGAUAAAGUCUAUGGCAUCCUGGGAUUAUUUGAAAGUCAAUUAAUUCCUGUUGACUAUAAUGUGAGCAUCUCUGAGGUCUAUCGACGAUUCACGCAGGCAGUUAUCGAGCGAACGGACUCACUUCAUCUCCUGCACAACCUCGGUAUCCAUCGAAAAAUCGAGGGCCUACCCUCUUGGGUUCCGGAUUACACCUCCAAGCCGCUACAUGAAAUAGUUGGCGAUCUGGAAGGUCCCUCAAUGACAUCAAUGCCACCGCCACAAUUUCAUGCAUCCGACCUGAUCCUCAAGGGCAAACAUCUGGAUAUGGUCCAAGCAGUCGGUGAUGAACUGAUGGCAGACUCAAACAUCAAACCAGGGACUGCAGAAUUCGCCACAAUCCUCGGUCGGUGGGAGUCCCUGGCAAUUCAAAUACGACGCAAGCGAUUUGAUCGAACCAUAUCUGAGGCCUUUGGAGGCACGCUGAUUGCACACACACCGGAAAUGCUGCGUAAAGAGAUUGGCUAUGAGGAGCAACUGUCGUACUACGCGAUGCACUUCGUCGCAUGGUAUCACGUCUAUGGAACCGGCAUUCUUCGGCAAGCUGAUCUGGAUUAUUUCAAAACGGUGAAAACCGCUCUAUCCUGGUCUUCCAAAAAGUACACGCCGGACGACAUGGAACGUGAUGUGGGAUGGUACGCUGAUCUGAUGCAAAAGUACUCAUUCGGGAGGAGAUUUUUCAUUACAAACAACGGGUCAAUGGGCUUGGCCCCACCAUUAGCGCAGCCUGGGGAUGAAAUUGUUUUCUUUCCAGGCGGUAGAUGUCCAUUUGUUGUGCGGAGGUGUAGUGAGGGUUCGUUCCAUCUGGUAGGAGAUUGCUUUUUAUACGGCUGCAGUCCGCGUCAUUUGUUCCGAGACGAUGACGAUUCCAACUUGGAAGAUUUUAUAUUGCGUUGA